GUGCUGAAAGGGUUUUUUGGGCAGAUGGCAGCCUAGGUCUGGUCACAAAUUUGAUUGGCAGGUACUGUCACCAGGAGGUGAACCUCGUAGCACCAGCGGCGGAUCGGAGGCAGAAGCCCAAAAGAGCGCGGGCCUGAGCUGAGGAAGGUGUCGGAGGCACAGAUAAGGUCUCUAGGGGCAGGCGGCGGACAGGGCAGCUCCUAAGGAGACCGCUGCGGCAGGCGGAGUCUGGCCCGAGAAAGGGGGCGGAACCCCGGGCUCCCGGAAGGGCUCUAGACUCCAGGCCCUGUCCCCCGAGCUCAGCCCUCCGAUGUCCCACCGCCCAGAGCCUGCAUGCGCCGCAGGGCGCCCCAAGACCAAGAGCUGGUGGGUCCAGGAGCUCCUGGGCGGGAGUCUAGGGGCGCUCUUCCUCCCUCGGGACCUGUUGUCCCGGUCCUUGUCUUUCCCCCGGAUCUAGUAUUCAGGGCGGACCAACGGAGCGGACCCAGGCAGCUGCUGACCCUCUAUAACCCCACAGGAGCUGCGCUUCGCUUCCGAGUCCUGUGCACAGCACCUGCCAAAUACACAGUGUUUGACGCAGAAGGAUACGUGAAGCCUCAGUCCUGCAUUGACAUUGUGAUUCGCCACGUGGCCCCCAUUGCCAGCCACUAUGAUGUCCAGGACCGCUUCCGAAUUGAGCUGUCUGAGGAGGGAGCUGAGGGCCGAGUGGUGGGGCGCAAGGACAUCACUUCUGUUCUGAGGGCCCCAGCCUACCCCCUUGAACUUCAGGCACAGCCUGACCCAAUGCCCCACCCAGGGCCUCCUUCCUGGACAGCACCACCCACGGCCAGACACCUCCCUGAGAAAUCCCACCCACAACUGGCCACCAGCUCCUUCCUCCUCUUCUUGCUGACGGGCAUAGUCUCUGUGGCCUUCCUGCUGCUCCCACUCCAGGAUGAACUCGGCAGCCAGCUGCCCCAAAUCCUGCACGUCUCCCUGGGACAAAAAUUGGUGGCAGCCUACGUCUUGGGCCUUCUCACCAUGGUCUUCCUCCGGACCUGAUCCCCUGCUCAGCCUCUCCCCCUUUCCCUGGGCAGAGAUGUGGAUGAGAGACAGCCACUGUGAUGCUCAUACCUUGCCUCAACUCCUACUCCCUUAUUAAUGCCACUCCCUUCACCCCUGACAAAAAAUACCCAGGGAUUUGUAUUCAUUUUCCAAGUUGAAUAAAAUAAAUUUGCAAAACUAAACAGAAAAA